CAAAAUUCUUCGUAUCACUUUGUGUGAUGGAAGUGAAGCUAAGCCAAAGAAGAGAAAACUCCUUCCAACAACCCUCCCAUCUCAUUGCUUUUCUAUCCUUAACAGUAAGAGUUCCAUUCACAAGCGCUUUAGAGGCCUUGCUUGGAAAUGGAGGUUUCGGAUUCAGGAGAUGUUGAAGGUUGAACACCCUACCAAGCAAUACUUCGUUCAUGUUGUCAAAGAGGGUGAAACUUUGUCUUCAAUUUCAAAGCAGUAUGGGAUUUCAAUAUAUGCAAUUGCCGCUGCUAAUAAGAAUAUACUGGACAUUGACCUUGUCUUUAAGGGGCAGCGCAUAAACAUUCCUUCUGCUACAGGAGAUUCUCAAGUGGCCUUUAAAUUGCUGCAAAAUCCUCUAGGUUCUUUGAAUAUCUUGGAUGGGCUUCUAGAGCACAAGAAUUUCAUUGCACUAUCCUCCCACUCUUUCCCGCAUGCUAAAACCACUGGUUAUUUUCUUGUUCUGGUUCCACUUAUAGCAUUUUGCAUUAGAUGCAUAAUUGCUGCCUUUCACACUAGAGCUGCUGGAGAGUUGAGAUCUCAGGUUGUAAGUGAAUCAGAGGGACGACAUCCUGGGUGUAGAAGCGUGCGGUGGAAAUCUGCCCUGAGUGACAUAAGGGAAACAGAUAAUUUGGAUGCUGAGUCAAGUCCACAUUCCUAUAGCGAUUCAGAUGAUCAAUCUCAAGCUUCUUUCAAAGAGGUGUCACAUGCUUACAGCAAGCUUGAACAGGAUUACCAGAAAUUUCUAUCAGAAUGUGGAAUGAGAUCAAAAACGAGAUUCAGCUUCAGGCGUAAUUUCAACCAAUCUGAGCUUAAAAGUUUGAGAUAG